GUAGACGUCACCAAUAAUACUGUAACACACUACGAGGUCAAACAACAAAGACCGUGGCACAUCCAUAGGAGCUAGAGACGACGAACGCAAAGGCUUUAUCAUAGCAACAAGUCCAACUCAAACAAGGAGUACGUUUUGCAAAAGGAUAAGUCAACGGUAGGGUUUUAGUUGAAAGAUGGCUCUGUCUGCCGCCGAGAAGAACCGGCGAAAGCGUGAGCGCAAAAAGAGGGAAAAGGAGGAGCGGCGAAAACGGGAACUCGAAGAGAAGCAUGCCAGAGAACUCAGCGCUGCAAAAGCGGAAGAAGAGGGAGCCGGUGAGGAAGAGAUCGAAAUCGAAUACGUUGCUGAAGACCUUUCGAAAAUCCUGAACAAAUCGACGGUUCAAGAGGGAGAUUCGGAUGCUGCGCCGCCAGACACAAAGGAAGUCCGCCCGGAUGGGCUCCCACCGGCCCCCGGAUCGGAGGGCGAAGGGGGGAAAACCAAGGAGGAGAUAGCAACGGCCGCGUCCAUAAAGGAGCAAGAAAACAGCAUCGAAGACGUCCUUCGCAGGUUCCACGAGAGAGCCGCGGUGGUGCCCUCGGCUUCCGAGGGGACUUCCAACAACGAUCCGGGAAAUAGCAAUGAAGCCGAUCAGAGUAGCAUCGUUUCCGACGACGAUAGCAGCUAUGAUAGCGACGACGACGGCAAGCCAAAGAUGAGCAAGCGGAAACUCCGCGAACUGCUCCGGCCCUCCAUCGCAGAACUGAAACGGCGGGUACAGAGGCCCGAUCUGGUCGAGGCCCACGACGUUACGGCAGCGGAUCCCGACUUUUUGAUUGCUCUAAAGAGCAUCCCGCACACGACGCCGGUGCCCUUUCACUGGGGUCGCAAGCGCAAGUACCUGCAGGGAAAGAGGGGCCUGGACAAGGUUCCCUACCAGCUGCCCGACUUUAUCAUAAAGACCGGGAUCGCCGACGUUCGUGACACCGCGAUGGAGGACGAGGCCGCCCAAUCCAUAAAGCAAAAGAACCGAGGCCGGGUCAAUCCCAAGAUGGGGGCCAUGGACGUCGACUACAAGGUGCUCUACGAAGCCUUUUUCAAGUACCAAACCAAACCAACCGGCCUGACGUCGUGGGGAGAUCUCUACUACGAAGGGAAGGAAACGGAAAAUUCCACCGACAUCAAGCCGGGUGGGCCCUUCAGCAAGGCGCUGCGCAUCGCGCUCGGAAUGGGGGACAAUCCCUCGGGUAACAUCCCCCCGCCGUGGCUGUGGAACAUGCAGCGCUACGGGCCCCCGCCGGCGCACCCUAAGCUGAAGAUUCCCGGCUUGAACGCGCCGCUACCAAACAGCGCGUGUCAGUACGGCUACCACCCCGGCGGAUGGGGUAAGCCGCCACUGGAUGCCUAUGGGCGCCCCCUGUACGGAGGAAACCCCCUCGACCCCCCCGGGAGCGGAACUGGGGGAGCUGACGACGACGGCCGAGAGUUGGUCACCAGUGACGGGAAAACCGUCCUCAAGUCGGCCUGGGGAGGCCUACCAACGGGGGGAGACUAUCCGGGCGACGGGGCCGGCGAAGAAUCCGACUCAGACAUGGAGGACUCGAGCAGCAGCAGUGAAGAGGAGUCCGGGGGCGAGUCCGGCGAAGACAUGGAAGAAUCCGAUGCCGAAGACGAGGGAGGAACCGAAUCGCUGCCGCCACCUCCGCCGCCUUCCAGCGGCAUCGAUGAUCUGCGCAAGCAGCCGGCCGGGGACGAAACCCCCGCGCCUCCCCCCAAGCGCCUGUACCAGGUGCUGGAAACCGGAGCGGGCGCGGCGGGAAGCGGCAUUUUCCAGUCCGACGUGCGCUAUGUGGUUCCCGGAGCUUCGGCCGCGGCCGUCCCAGAGGGUGCCGAGAGCGUCCUGUCCAAGGCGGUGGUUCCGGGGGGCGAUGGCCACGGUGCCUCUCGCAAGAAGCGAAAGACCAACACCGCGGACGACGGCGACAACGAACUGGACAAGAACUUCAAGUUCUAACCAAAAAACACAUCCAUCGCUGCUGUUAGAAGUCGUGUUCAUCAUGUACAGUCUGUUGUUAAGAACUUCGCUAAAUAUUUUUACAAGAUAUUGGUGUUUCAUGCUGUAUUACUAUCGAUUAUCUAUUUUGGGCAGUAGUUUGAAGCAACUACAAAUGCGUUGCAAUUGUUUGCGGAUCAGAAAAAAUGCCUUUAUUCCCCAAUCUAUUCAUCUGUCGGACACUAUCAUGUAGCAACAAACGCCUGCAGAUUCUCCAAUACAGUAAGUGUCGGCAGGUUCCACGAUUGAGAAUCUAAGCUUCUUGGGUCCAAUAAAUCACGAGGAGACUGGUAUGAAAGCUAUAUCUUUCCUUCUUCUAUCUUGAUUAUUAUUUGGCUUGGCGAUUACCUUUGUGGUUCCAGACGUGAAAGAUCGGCACGGUGGACUGGGUUUGGGUGAACGUAGAAAGACUUCGCGGAGGAGACAACCCUCGAGAAGACAAUCGUCUUCGUACUUUGGUUCACUCUUCGCAAGCUUCAACCAACAUGCUUUCAUCGACAGUGCUGAAAUCAGUAUCGGUAGCGCAUUGUGUUUCUUGUCCGACGUGAUCCAACUGGUCGAAUUUCUCCAAGGCACUUGGAGUUGAAUCUUUUGUCUCAGCGAAUGCCAUUCUCUUUAUACUUACUCCCAGCAGCACGAGCUGCACUGCCAUUUCUUCAUAGUGAAACUCGUGCCCAGGGAGGAAGUCGAUCGCGAUGAAAGCAAUUCUACCAACUACUUGCGCAAAGUUCAAGAGCGCCCCAUCAAAAUUGAAAAUGACCGUAAAGUCKAGCAACAGAUGGGUGAUAUCCACUAGAAAUCGUGCCUCGACGUCUGGGUCGACGACGCAUAUAAUUCUUUGUAUUGAACCCAGUGGUUUGCCCACAUCAUGCUCAAUGAGUACCUUCGCCGCAUAACCGAUGUGCUCCACAGCUUCCACAACCGGAUAAAACGAAUAAGAUACUACCACAGUUUUUCUACCAUAGCUGAUUUCCGAUGUGGGUGCUGGUCGUAGGGUAGAAGCACUGCGCAAGAGAGGGAUGAAUGCAUGACUUUCACAUCCGAAGACCAAUAUAGUAGAGGCGAGCACAAAUAGAAUCGAAUUCAUUCUGAUCAUCUUGAUCAAUCCUUCCUUGUUUUUGGCUUGUUCUUCCUGCUGAUGCUCCAACUUGACAAAAACUUUGUGCAUCAAUUUAUGAGAUCUUCGGAUAAAUGGGCAGAGAACGACCGGUAGAAUAGGCUUCGGCAUCCAUCAUGCAUCAGGAGAAGGGAACUCGACGCACGAUUCAUAAUGUGUGUGCUGCGCUAUGACGAUGCAAUAACAUUCACGACCACAAUGUCUUCGGUCAAGCCAAAAUUACACCGAACGAAAACUUCGUCAUCUGUCUCAAAAAAGGACAGCGAAAAUCGUCGCGGGGAAUAUUCCUCGAAGAACAAAGAAAAAUGUGACCCAUCUUGUUUGAUAUAUUGUGCGAUCGCUCUUGAUAAAAUUCUCUAUGCAGUGUUGACUUGUAACUAAGGGACCGUGAAAGAAACACAUGUUCGAGGAGAAUAAGAACUGGAGCUUGGAAUUCGGUUCUACCUUCCAUAGUGAAAUAAUGAGGCAAUUACUGAUGUUGCUAAGCGAAACAGAUUUCUUUCUUCAUUUUUUUGACGACGUGUUUGCAUCGCAGUCCUAUGAAGCGUUUUGAUCAUCGUUAAAAAUAACUAAAGCCUUGAUGAAGUUUUGGGGUUACGCCUUAAUCGUCCGUGGAAUAUUAAGUCAGUUCUGACCCAAUGUUGUUUUUCUAGUACAUUAAUUUCCGGGCCUCAAUCCCAAAUUACGACGAACGAUCAGCGUCAUCAUGUCGUAUCUUUAUCCAUCUUUGUUAAAUGAAAGAUGGUACCGUACAAAUGUGAGCUCGAAGAAUAAAAAUAAACAUUAUUU